AUGGAAGGAGAAUCUCCCCACAAUGCAACUACUGUCAACAGCACCCCGGUGAAUCACCAGGCUUUGGAACACCAUGGGCUGUGGGAAGUCAUCAGCAUCGCAGCUGUGACUGCUGUGGUCAGCCUGAUGACCAUCGUGGGCAAUGUCUUAGUCAUGAUCUCCUUCAAAGUCAAUAGUCAGCUGAAGACGGUCAACAACUAUUACCUGCUGAGCUUGGCCUGUGCAGAUCUCAUCAUUGGGAUCUUCUCCAUGAACCUCUAUACCACCUACAUCCUCAUGGGACGCUGGGCUCUCGGGAGUUUGGCCUGUGACCUUUGGCUUGCGCUGGACUACGUGGCCAGCAACGCUUCCGUCAUGAACCUUCUGGUGAUCAGUUUUGACCGUUACUUUUCUAUCACAAGACCCCUGACAUAUCGGGCCAAGCGAACCCCCAAGAGGGCUGGCAUCAUGAUUGGCUUGGCCUGGCUCAUCUCCUUCAUCCUCUGGGCCCCGGCGAUCCUCUGCUGGCAGUACUUGGUCGGGGAGAGAACGGUCCCACCUGAUGAGUGCCAGAUCCAGUUCCUCUCGGAGCCCACCAUCACGUUUGGCACUGCCAUUGCUGCCUUCUACAUUCCUGUUUCUGUCAUGACAAUUCUCUACUGCCGAAUCUACCGGGAAACUGAGAAGCGGACCAAGGACCUUGCUGACCUGCAGGGCUCAGACUCUGUCGCUGAAACCGAGAAGCGAAAGCCUGCUCACAAGACUUUGCUCAGGUCCUGCUUCAGCUGCCCUCGGCCCACACUGGCCCAGAGGGAAAGGAACCGAGCUUCCUGGUCGUCCUCCCGCAGGAGCCCCUCAGCCACUGGACAGGCAGCCCAAGCCCCCGGCCCAAGCCCGGAGUGGGACAAAGCAGAGCAGCUCACCACGUGUAGCAGCUGCCCCUCCUCAGAGGACGAGGAUAAGCCCACCACUGACCCUGUCUUCCAGGUGGUCUACAAGAGUCAGGCCAAGAAACAUGCAAGGGAAGAGUUCAGUACUGAAGAGACUGAGGAAACUUUCGUGAAAGAUCAAACUGAGAAAAAUGACUAUGACACCCCAAGAUAUUUCCUGUCUCCAGCGGCUGCUCAUAGACCCAAGAGCCAGAAAUGUGUGGCCUAUAAGUUCCGACUGGUGGUCAAAGCCGAUGGGACCCAGGAGACCAACAAUGGCUGUCGCAAGGUGAAAAUCAUGCCAUGCUCCUCCCCGGUGUCCAAGGACCCUUCAAGGAAAGGCCUGGAUCCCAACCUCAGCCAUCAAAUGACCAAACGGAAGAGAAUGGUCCUUGUCAAAGAGAGGAAAGCAGCCCAGACCCUGAGUGCCAUUCUCCUGGCCUUCAUCAUCACAUGGACCCCUUACAACAUCAUGGUCCUGGUGUCCACCUUCUGUGACAAGUGUGUCCCAGUCACCCUGUGGCACUUGGGCUACUGGUUGUGCUACGUCAAUAGCACUGUCAACCCCAUUUGCUAUGCCCUCUGCAACAGAACCUUCAGGAAGACCUUUAAGAUGCUGCUUCUCUGCCGAUGGAAAAAGAAAAAAGUGGAAGAGAAGCUGUACUGGCAAGGGAACAGUAAGCUGCCCUGA